AUGGCAACCUAUGCAUCAGGAAUUCCCAAAAUUCCAGACUUUGACGUAUCAAAGCUUAGUUUUCUUGCACAAAUAGCCGAUGGCGAUGGAGACGCUGCAUUGGUUGACAAAGUCAUUCAGGGCGUUGAGACGAAUGAGAUGGCUCCCUACUAUCAUUAUCUCUACCACCAAAUAGCAUUGCCCGGCUUGGAGUGGGAUCAAGGGUUGUAUGACAAACUAGUCUUGCAAAAUGAAAAGAAGGUAGAGGAAUUGACCAACAAAAUAAAAGUCGUAGAUGAAGACGAUGAAGGUGAAGUAGAGAACGCUGAAUGUUGGGCCGAACUUGGAAACUACUACGCUCAAAUUGGAGACAAGAAUAAAGCAAUAGAAACACUUGGAAAGGCAACCGAUUUAGCUCCAAGUAUCGGUGCAAAGAUCGAUAUCAAACUCACCUUAUCUCGUAUUGGAUUCUUUUAUGAUGACAAACAAUUCACCAAGAAGUACUUGGAUGAAGCAAAUGCUUUAAUCGAGAAGGGGGGUGAUUGGGAGAGGAAAAAUCGUUAUAAGGUAUACACAGGAAUUCAUGAUCUUUCAAUGAGAAAAUUCAAAGAAGCCAGUGAUCUUUUGAUUGGGGCCUUGCCAACUUUUACGUCAACAGAGCUAUUGACAUACGAAGACUUGGCAUUAUAUGCCUUGAUAGCAGGUGUCAUAUCGUUAGAUCGAAAAAACCUCAAGAAACAGUUAAUCGACUCCCCAGAAAUUUUAUCAAUUGAAUCACAUAGCUCUUUGUUCAAGCCUAUUUUCAGUUUAUUGAAGGCAUUGUAUGAUUGCAAGUACGACUCAUUUUUCAAGCACCUUCUGGAGACUAAUGACCAAAUUUUGACCAAGAACGUUAAUCUUGCUCCACAUGCAAAUUAUUACUUGCGUGAAUUGCGAGUAAAAGCCUACUCGCAGCUGUUGGAGUCUUACAAAUCUCUGUCUUUAAAAUCCAUGUCCGAAGAGUUUGGAGUAUCAAUUGAAUUCCUAGACCAUGAUUUAUGUCAGUUUAUUCCCAACAAACAGUUAAACUGUGUAAUUGACAGAGUCAAUGGAAUUGUUGAGACAAAUAGGCCAGACAACAAGAAUAAUCAAUACAACUUGUUGAUCAAGAGUGGUGAUGCCCUGUUAACAAAACUUCAAAAGUACGGAGCUACUGUCAGAUUAAGUGGUACUGAGAAAGCUAAUUAG